GUCUCAUCUGUCUGAGGUCACACCUCCUGAGCUGCAGACCUGGCAGGUGUGUCUGCUCUCUGACGACUCAGACGACUUUCUGACUUUCUCCUGACGGACGCAGCCAGAGUCAACCCCCUCAUCAUGCCGCAAACUGCAGAAGCACACUCCGGUGCCCUCACCACCAACCGCAACUGCACCAUCGAGAUCACCAGCAUGAGCGCCAAGUACAGACUGGAGAACCCCAAAGUCCACAUGGAGAGCGGUUAUCCAUUCAGCCCUCCUCAGCCGACCAUUACUUACGACAAAGCGGAAGUCUGCUCUUUCGAUAAAGAUGACAACACUGCAAGUGGAGCCGUCGGGGUGAUGACUUAUGAGCUGUUCAAUAUGAGCACACGCCGAUGCGAUCAGGUGGUCGCCAUCAUGUUCUCUGUGCCCUUCGACUACAAUUUCUACCAGAACUGGCUCGGUAUUGGGUUGUUUGAGCCAUCACAACCAUGUGACGACAAGCUGUUUAACACUAUGUACAACAAAAAGGAAGACGAUUACUUCUCCCGCCAAAAGGCCAAUGGCUCAUGUCUUACGCAUAAGCGCCUGGCAGCGAUGGUCCGGGCCACCAUGUCAGAUGAGGGCAAGGCCAUCGUGAAGGCGGAAUUGUACGACAACUAGAGUUGAUAUCAUUCUGAGCAUGAAUUUGUGAAUGUGUGGAA